AUGAACAGUCCUUCAAGCAGGAAAUGCCGGCACGACGAACAGACGCCUGCGCCUCGCGGAUCUCACAAGGACUCAGACCGAGAUCGUGAGCGCCAGGCUCGCGAUUCUGCGCGUUCGUGGCGGCACUACCGCCGCGACUCUCGGUCGCCGAGCCGCACCCGUUACCGGUCUUCCGAGCGUCCUUCGCACUCGUCGCAUUCGAGUUCCUCUCACAGGGACUCUUCUCGCGUCUCGUCUUCCUCCUCUGCCUCACGUACUCACCGCGGCUCGUCGUACUCGUCCUCCUCGCACUCUUCGUCUCACAAAUCCCACGGCGAACGCGCCCACGGCCGCAGCCGUGAGCCGUCCCCGGAGCGUCAUCGCGGCUACUCUAAGCGAGAUCGGGACUCAUCACACUCUUCCUCGUCGCAUUCCUGCUCUUCGCAUUCCUCGCGGCGCCAGGAUGGAGGCCGCGGCAGAGCAGACGAGGAGAAGCGGCGCGACGCCGGCGAGCGCGUGGAGAAGCAGAAGGAAGCUUCUGAGGACGAGGAUUGGGGGGACGUAGAGAUCCUCGACGAGGAAGAAGAAGAUCGGUUUCUUGAAGAACGAAGGCGGCAGAGAGAGCUGCUGCUCGCAAAGUACGCCGCAGAGGCAAGUCGCGCGGACUCCCAGGCGGAGGACUCGGCGAAGAACGAGGGCGUCGAGAAGGGUGAACCGGCGGAUGCGCAUGCGGACAAGACGAAAGUAGAUGGAGAGAAGGAGCAGAAGAACGGCCGCGACGAGGCGGCGACCGACAGGAAAAGCAAGCGCGAAAGACGCGACAUGGCUAACGACAGCGAGGAGGAACGGCUGCGCGAGAGCUCGAGAGGCAGAGAGAGCAAAGGCAGCCGCGGGUCGCAGGAACGGGAGAAGAACGGACUGAGAAAGGACCAGGACGAGAAAAGCAGGAGAAAAGAAAACGAGAGGAAGCGAGAUGGCAAACAGGACUUCAAUGGAAACAAGAAGUCCAGGCGGAAGUCAUCCGAUGACGAGACGGCGAACAUUCAGGAGGCGUUGUUUGAGCACGACGGCGAGAGUUUGCACUCGGUGGAGAUGUCUUCGCCGUCGCUGUCGGAUUUGGAGCCCGAGGUGUCUCCUUCAGAGGGCACGCGAAUGCGCGGGAAGAGCGAGGUGGAGUCGCCGCGCGAAGUGGAGGCGUCGCCUUCGGCGGAGCGGAAGCGCGCGGGUGCGGGGGAGAGUGGCGAGAAGGGCGAGGCGACGAGCGUCUCCGCCUCCUCCUCCUCGGGGCUGAGCUUUGCCGCGCUGUCGGCACUCGGCGGCCUCGACAUGGAGGGGCUGCAGCGGCAUCUGCAAGACGAGAAGCGGAAGCUGCGGCGCUUCGUCAUCCAGAUGAAACAGAACGCGGAGAACGAAGAGGAGGAAGAGGAGUCCUCGGGCGAGGAAGACGACAGAAAUGAGGAUGUGGACAUGUUUUCGGCGGCGACAAAGGGCGAAGAGGAGGGUGCACCGCGCAAGAGGAAGCGCAGAAAGACGGCGCUCGUGCUGAACGCCGCGGCCGGGCCUGCAGAGAACUGGAACGAUUCCGAAGGGUACUAUCAGGCGACAGUCGGCGAGCUGCUGGACAACGGCAGGUACCGCGUGGAGUGCGAGGCGAUCGGGAAGGGCGUCUUCUCGAACGUGCUCAAGUGCUUCGACUUGGAGGAGAAGAAGUUCGUCGCCAUCAAGUGCAUUCGACACAACGACAUGAUGAAGAAGGCCGCGGAGAAGGAAACAAGCAUCCUGCGGCUGCUCAACUCGACCGACAAGGAAGACAAGCGCCACAUUGUGCGCCUGCUGCGACAGUUCGAGUAUCGCGGGCACUUCUGCCUCGUUUUUGAGUGGCUGUGGGGUAACCUGCGCACGGCGCUAAAAAAGUACGGCGGAGGGAAGGGUUUGAACGCGAGCGCGAUCCACGCCUACAGCAAGCAGCUCUUCGUCGCGCUGCGCCACCUCGCCAAGUGCCGCAUCAUCCACGCCGAUCUGAAGCCUGACAACAUCCUCUUAAACGAGAAGUUCACCAGCCUCAAGGUCUGCGACCUGGGCAGCGCCAGCGACGUCUCUGAUAACGAAAUCACCGCCUACCUCGUCAGCAGAUUCUACCGAGCUCCAGAAAUCAUCCUCGGCUGCAAAUACGACUUGCAAAUCGACGUCUGGAGUGCCGCCACAACCAUCUACGAGCUCGCGACCGGACAAGUUCUAUUCCCAGGCCGCACAAACAACGACAUGUUGAAGUGCAUCAUGGAGGUUAAGGGCAAGAUUCCGACCAAGAUGAUCAAAGCAGGCCAGCUGUCGAAUCGCCACUUUGACGAGAAUUUGGAUUUCACCUACCGCGACAGAGACGCGUUCUUCAAAAAGGAAGUCGUCCGCGUGCUGCACGACCUGCGUCCGACAAGGAACUUGACGGAGACGCUGCUCGAGAAACAGCACUGGUUAAAAGGCAGCUCGCCUAAGAUCAAUUUUCUGCGACGGAAGAUGCGCCAGCUGGGGGACCUGCUGGAGAAGUGCCUGGCUCUCGAUCCGCAGAAGCGGCUGACUCCGGACGAGGCGCUGCAGCAUCCCUUUUUGAAGGAAAGCAUCCACUUCGGCGCAGAGGGCAACUCAGGACGAGCCCACGGGGGGAGUCUCCACUCACCAGUGCCUGUGUUGAAGAGCUCGUGA